AUGGGCAUCGCGGUGGCGGUGUCCCCAAUGGGUGGAGAAGCUCUAAGUGUGCCUCGAAACGCUCCUUCAGGCGCUUUGAUGCCCAGGAGUUCGACUUCGUUGAGCAGCACUUGCAACAGACAGUGCAUGACAAACAUCGUCACGGGUAUCAUAGAUUCCAUGGUGGUACACAACCCAUUCAUGUUACCCCUGGCCCAGGUUUACAAGGCCACUGAAAACUCGCACCCAGCAGCAGUUACCAUGAUGACAGCCUGGCGUACCAUCACCGAAGCCGGCGCCCCCAGUCUGCUGGCAAUCGACACAACGAACGGCACGGCCUACUUUGCCCUGGACGUCAGCGAGGGCAACAGCGAGAUAAAAACAGUCCUUCGGUGUCGAAUCAAAGUGGUCGACCGACUAAUCACCGAAUUGGAACUAUUCAUGAACCGCAACCGUGGGGACCACGGCUUUUCUUAUUCGGCCGCGGAACUUCCAGCAAACUACGGGGUAUUGAUGUACCCGCCGGCAAAUCGAACGAAGGCGAGCCGCGAAACACUGUGGCAGCUAAGCGAUGCCCUCUUCUCAUCGACUAGCAAUUUCACAGUUGAUGUCGGUGACGAUUGCGAAUUCACCGAACUCGGCUGGAAGGUAGUCGAUGCAGGGACAAAUGGAAACGGUUCCACCACCCCGCUCAGUUGCACUUGGCCUUCCAGCCACCCAACUGAUGCGAAUGCACGAACGGCCCUGGUUGUCGAUGAGGACCUGGGCUUUGUCAUUACUAGUGGCAAUAUCCCGGGCAUCGUCUAUCCCUACUCGAACGUCUCUGCUUUCAUUCCGGAUACUAUGACUACACCGCAGGAAGCGCAGGUGGUGUGGAUGAAGGAGAUGGAAGCCACAGGUGAAAUUCCGUUGCUGUCUCCCUUCGGCGCUACCGGGGAUACUAUGGAAGUUCUUCAGUACUACAACGGCAAGCUUCAAGCUAUGCAAAUCAAUGUCUACCUGAGCGGCCCGAAUAUGACCUCGGCUUGGCUGUGA